AUGAACCGGAGCACUAAAACAGAGCCGGAUUUUGGUUUUCUUGAGCCAAUUCGCCGUCACUUGUUGGGCGAACCGGAGGCUGCCGUCGUUCCCGGCGAUCGGACUGGUAGUUUCAGUAGCUUGAUUCCAUGUCUUGAAGAAAAUUGGGGUGAUUUGCCUCUCAAGGUGGACGAUUCUGAAGAUAUGUUGCUCGCCGCCGUUCUCCGGGAAGCCGUCGGUUCUGGAUGGGUUCCGACGCUCAAUCUGUCGUCAUUUGGAAGUUUCGAUUUUGGGGUCUCGGCGGUGCAGUCGGAGCUUCCGGAGAGUUUUCCCCCGGUGGUGGAACCGGAGAGGGGGAAGCAUUAUAGAGGAGUGCGGCAACGACCAUGGGGGAAGUUCGCGGCGGAGAUUCGGGACCCGGCGAAAAAUGGCGCUAGAGUUUGGCUUGGAACUUAUGAGACGGCGGAGGAUGCGGCUUUAGCUUAUGAUCGGGCAGCCUUCCGAAUUCGUGGGUCAAGGGCUCUUCUAAAUUUCCCCCUUCGUGUGAACUCUGGCGAGCCCGAACCGGUUCGGGUCAGGUCGAAGCGAUCCUCGCCGGAGCUUUCAUUGUCGCCGAAGCGGCGGAAGAAGGUUGGCUCCGCCGCCGAAGGUAGGGGAGUACAAGUGGACAACCAAGUGGCAAGCCUUACACGUGGAGGGCAGCUGAUUGUCAGCCAAUGCUAA